AUGGCUUUCGCGGACGAAUCCUCCUCUUCCGACCCUUUCUCGUCCCUUCGUAUUCCAGCGCGGAUGAGCCGAGUCAGCUGCCACCUCUAUAUCGUACGCCUCAUCCCGGUUCCCUAUGACACGGCGACAAAGAUAUUGCGGCUCCGCUAUGAUCGACGUCUUUCUACCAGCGGGCAUUGCUUCGUUGUGCACAUUUCUGCUAAUGGCGUUUCAGUGUUGAAGCCCGCUUGGAGUAGAGUCAAACCUACGCAGAUGGUGAAAGGGACCAUAUGUACAACAUACACUACUGGAAGUGCAGCACUCCGCGGCGACGACAAUCAUGCACUCAAAUCUUCCGGAUCUUGGUCAUGCCUAUACGUGACGGCAGCAGAUAGCACCAUAUUUGCCAUCAACGUAUCAAACGCUUGGCUUCUUGUUCCAUGGCAAAGAUGGCGGAUCUGCCACCAAGCAAUAUAUGACCUCAAAGCCACGGCCGCUGGACACUUCAUCAUAACGCACAGCGCCACAAAUCAGAUUGAACACCGUCUAUACAACAUAUAUAAACUGGCCGGAGUUUGCAACAACAUGAACCUCAUUAUCAACCUACAAACGACACCUGCACCACCUUUGACCUCAACUAACCAAAUCCCUUGA